AGCGUUGCUCAGUAAACCUAGGCUGUGAGUCCGCUCUGCCAAUACACGUGUGUUGUGUGGAUCUUAUGAGAUUAUUGCUGCAUGUGAAGCUGCUGGUGGGACCUGUGCUAAGAGAAACUGCUCUUUAUACUGCAUACCCGGUUUGAAACUCCCGGUGUAAAGAGACUGUAUGUAAGAUUGGAGACUGCAUUGAGAAACACUAUAUAAUAGUGACGUCAACCAAUGGAAAAAUCUGUUAAUGAACUAGAGGGCAGCAUCACAGGGGAGUCCAACCGUGAUCUGUUACCGGAAGCCACAUCCCGCCCCACCUGGGGCAGUAAAGUUCAGUACAUCCUUGCUCAGGUUGGCUUUUCUGUCGGUCUUGGAAACGUCUGGCGGUUUCCUUACCUAUGUCAUCAGAAUGGCGGAGGUGCCUUCCUGUUGUUGUACUUUCUGCUCCUCCUCAUCAUCGGUAUACCUCUCUUUUUCUUGGAACUGGCUGCUGGACAGAGUAUUCGGCAAGGCAGCAUUGGUGUAUGGAAGCACAUCAGCCCCCGGCUAGCUGGGAUUGGCUUUUCUAGCUGUGUGGUGUGCUCCUUCGUGGCACUAUAUUAUAAUGUUAUAAUUGGAUGGAGCCUUUUCUACAUGUUCAAUUCCUUUCAAUACCCCCUUCCCUGGGAGAACUGUCCUUCCCUGGCCAACCAGACACAAACAGAGCCAGAGUGUGCCAAGAGUACUCCCACUACAUACUUCUGGUACCGAAAGGCCCUGGAUGUGACCGAAUCCAUUGGAGCCUCAGAAAUGAAUUGGCCAAUGACGGGGUGCCUUGUUCUUGCGUGGGUCCUAGUGUGCGGUGGCAUGAUCAAAGGAAUCAAGUCGUCUGGAAAAGUGAUGUAUUUUAGCUCUGUCUUCCCCUACAUCGUUCUCUUCUGCUUCCUGAUCCGUGGGCUGCUAUUGGACGGCGCCAUAGAUGGAAUCCGAAUUAUGUUUACACCAAAGCUGGAAAUCUGGGGGAACAUACAGGUUUGGCGACAGGCAGCCACCCAGGUCUUCUUCGCUCUAGGCUUGGGAUUUGGAAGUGUGAUCGCCUACUCCAGCUACAAUGAUCGCUAUAAUAACUGCCACUUCGAUGCUAUUCUGGUGUCAUUUAUCAACUUCAUGACCUCCAUUCUAGCGACACUGGUCGUCUUCUCUGUCUUGGGAUUCCGCGCAAAUUUCAUUGUGGGAAAAUGUGUUGCAGAAAAUCUAGAAAAGAUCAAGGCUUUGGUGGGCAAUGGGAUAUUGCUAGACAACGCUCUAAACAUGGAGAACCUAACUAAUGUGGAGUACAGCCAGUGGUACGCAAGAACGGAGCCCAUCGUCAACCUGACACACUACGACAUUCAAAACUGCCGGGUGGAGGACGAGAUGAACAAGGGCGCAGAAGGCACGGGGCUGGCAUUCAUAGCCUUCACUGAAGCAAUGACUCAGUUGCCUGCAUCGCCGUUUUGGUCUCUCUUGUUUUUCCUUAUGCUGUUGAACUUGGGACUUAGCACUAUGUUCGGGAACAUGCAAGGAAUACUCACCCCGCUGCUGGACAACUUCUCUGCUUUACGCAAGAGGAAAACCAUAUUCACAAUUAUCUGCUGUAUAAUUGGGCUCUUGUUCGGGUUGCUCUUCGUCCAGCGAUCGGGAUCCUAUUUCGUGGCCAUGUUUGAUGACUAUUCGGCCACUUUGCCUCUCAUUAUCGUGGUGAUAUUUGAAAAUGUGGCAGUAGCCUGGGUGUACGGAGCCGACAGGUUUAUGAUUGACAUUGAAGGAAUGUUGGGCUAUCCUCCGUGGAGAGUGUACAAAUAUAUGUGGAAGUACGUCAGUAUCCUGGCCAUGAUUGGGCUCUUGCUUGCCAGUCUGAUCAGGAUGUGCAUUGAAGACCCUGUGUACCAGGCUUGGAAUAGUGAAACGGCAGUAGAAGAAAAAUUGAAGUAUCCACCGUGGGCUCUAGGCCUCUUAAUCACCUUGAUCAUCUUGGCCGCCUUGCCCAUCCCGCUUGUGUUCCUAAAGCAGACUCUACAAGACUGGCUACAGAAACGGACGACGAAAGCAUUUGGCCAGUGCGAAUAUAGCCAGGGCUGCACGGUAGAUGAAGUUUUGGAACCCACGGAAGAGGGUCUUCCAAGGUGUGGCAACGGCUACUUGCACGUGGAGAUGGUAGACCUGGCAGAGAGGGGCAAACUUCUUUCCAAUGGAGAAGAAAUAGAUGACGCAGAGGAGGACGCUGACAACAACGUAACAGGCUGAAUGAAUGAGAAUAUUCAAGGGAUUAGAAAUGUAUUGAGAUUUGCCAAAAGGUCACCAAAGCACCUUCAGAUCAUCUCCAAACAUUCAAAUGUUGCCAAGUAGACAAAUAGACUUAGUCUUCCAGGAUUGUUGAUCAAAUUCCAUAACCUGGUAGUAAAGGCUGGAUGCCUAUUUGUGCCACCGUGAAACAAUACUGUGCCAAGCCUACUUCCUCCAGUAUUUUCUGUUCCUACCUCUUUCACCGACUUCUCAUGGAACAAUGAUAAAGUUUUUCCAAACUUUUUUUAAUCCUCUAAAUUAUAAGAAACAGGACUUUGGGAAAGAUGAAACUCAUGAAAAGUGAACUCACAAGGGAAAAAAUUGUGUCGGCAUCAAUCACUCAGCACUUUUCACGUGUAGGUCACAAAUUGGGUGAUUCUGUGCCCGAUACACAUGGGUGACUGUUGGAGCAGAUGGGGUUCCGGCAACCUGAAGACCACCUGUAGGUAUUACCAUUGUAGUUUGGCUGGACCCAAUUCUGUUCUUUAAUGCUGGAAUGUAGUUACUGAGUCUUUAAGGAAGGGACCUACCUGUUACACAACUUACCUAUUGCACAAUGUGUAGUAUAUAUGUAUAUUAUUAUUUUUUUAAUUGGAGAAAAAAUAUAUGGAUUACGUUGAAAUAAUCUUUUCCAAAUGCUUGAAAGAUACUGUACUUAGUUUCUGAGACUGAAGAACAACAAGCUCACAAAUCAAAGCUGUUUCUCAGAACGGAAGAUUGCGGUACACACAGGUAAACCGUCUACCUGUUCUGUUCAGGUGGGCCUGUAAAUAUUAUUUAUGGCUUUCUGCGUGCUUGGUCAUUUUGGAUUAGAUGUAGAUAUUUUAUAGAAAAAGUAUUUCUUAAUUUGUUUCAUGUCACUCAGUGAGUAUAUAUAUAUAUAUUUUAUGCAGGGCUAGCGUUUAUUAUUAUAAUUAUUAUUAUGUUUUGUUGCUGCUUUCAAGUGCUAACUUUUAUUGUCAUGUGUAGCAUGAACGAUCAUCUUGGUUCUGUGAAAAUCAUGUUCAAACAUUAAAGAGAACUGACUGUUAAA